CCGAGGCGCCUUCCUUGAGGCGAGCAAAAAUGGCGGCUUCUCCGGCGGCGGGGCUCCAGGGUUUCCUGCUGCAGCUCCACGGCGCCCUCCGGAGCCCGGACCCGAGCGGUGCCGCCCUUCACGCCCACAGCCUGGUCCGGUCCCUGGCGGAGACUUGUGUCGCCAGCAGCGGGGAAGGCGUCUUGGCCUUACAGAUCUCACUGAUAUUUUCUAAAGAAGAUGGGUUACUUGCAUUUAUCCAUAAAUCGCUGAGCACUGAAGAAUUCCGAGACGGAAGAGAAGAAGCACUAAAAUUUCUUCUUGCUUUUCUGGAAAAAAAUGGACAAAAAAUUCAUCCCUAUGCACAAGAUAUAAAGCGAGUGUGUCUUAGUGUUUAUAUAAAAGACAAAUCAGCAAAAUGCAGGAUUCCAGCCCUAGAGCUACUGAUAAAGCUUCUUCAAAACCUACAAUCAUCUUAUGUGAUGGAAGACAUGAAAGUUGGAGAAAUAUUUAAUAAAUUCUAUGGUGAACUUGCUAUAAAAAGUAAAGUGCCUGAUACAGUGCUGGAAAGGAUUUAUGAGCUUCUGGGAGUUUUGGGAGAAGUACAACCUAGCGACAUGCUUGACAACUCUGAAAAAUUAUUCCGUGCUUACCUUGGAGAACUUAAAACACAGAUGACUUCUGCAACAAGAGAGCCUAAGUUUCCAAUAGUAGCUGGAUGCCUCAAAGGACUGGCUGCACUUAUGUAUAACUUUACUAAAUCCAUGGAUGAAGAUCCACAAACUUCAAAAGAAAUCUUUGAUUUCGCAGUGAAGGCAAUAAGUCCACAGGUUGACUUAAAGCGAUAUGCAGUACCUCUUGCUGGUCUACAGUUGUUCAGUAAACAUGCUGUUCAAUUUGGCACUUGCCUUCUGGAAAAUUAUAUCUUGUUAUUUGAGGUCAUGUCUAAAUGGUGUGGCCACCAGAAUGUAGAACUGAAGAAAGCUGCCCAUUCAUCUUUGGAUGCUUUUCUUAAACAGAUCUCUGUAAUGGUUGCAAAGGAUGUAAAAAUGCACGAGAGCAAGCUGCAUUACUUCAUGGAACAGUUUUAUGAAAUAAUCAGAAAGAUGGAUGCCAGCAACAAGGAAUUGUCCAUUGCUAUUCGUGGAUAUGGGCUUUUUGCAGCGCCAUGCAAAGCAGUCAAUUCAAAGGAUGUUGACUUCAUGUAUGUUGAACUCCUUCAGCGCUGUAAACAGAUGUAUCUCACUGAGGCAGAAGCCAUAGAUGACCAUGUUUAUCAGCUACCAAGUUUCCUUCAAUCUAUUGCUAGCGUUAUAUUCCACUUGGAUGCUAUUCCUGAAGUAUAUACUCCAGUUCUUGAACGUCUGGUUGUGGUACAAAUAGAUAGUUUCCCACAAUACAGUGUAAAAAUGCAGUCUGCAUGUUGUAAAUCCAUUAUAAAGGUUUUUUUAGCCUUGGCAGGCAAAGGCCCUGUACUCUGGAGUUUUAUGAGCACUGUGGUUCAUCAAGGUUUAAUCAGAGUCUGUUCCAAACCAAUUGUCUUUUCAAAGGAGGGUUCUGGGAAAGAUACUUCAAAUGCAGAAGAACAAUCUGCAUCCGGACAAGUUAGAACUGGGAAAUGGAAAACACCUACAUAUAAAGACUACCUGGAUCUUUUUCAAAGUUUACUGAGCUGUGACACAAUGAAGGACUCCCUAUUGGCAGAUGAAACUUGCCUGAUUAUAAAUUCACCACUACAAUCUCUAAAUCGUUUGCUGUAUGAUGAACUCAUUAGGUCUGUUUUAAAAAUAAUUGAAAAGUUGGAUCUCACAGUUCAGAAAGAGAAUAUUUGUGAAGAGAAGGAUGGGAAUGAAGCUGACAUUGAUCUCACAAUUCCUACUUCUGAUCCAGCUGCAAACCUUCAGCCAACCAAACCGAAAGACUUCACAGCCUUCAUUAACCUAGUUGAAUUCUGCAAAGAGAUCCUCCCUAUGAAGCAUGUUGAAUAUUUUGGACCAUGGAUUUAUUCAUUUAGUUAUGAGCUGAUUAUACAGUCAACACGAUUACCUUUUAUUAGUGGAUUUUACAAGCUGCUGGCCAUAGCAAUGAAAAUUGCUAAGAAAACAAAAUACUUUGAGGGAGUUGGUCCAAAGAAUGUAAAAAAAUGCCCUGAAGAUCCAGAGAAAAGUUCCUGUUUUGCGUUAUUUGCCAAGUUUGGAAAAGAGGUCACAGCAAAAAUGAAGCAGUACAAAGAUGAGCUUUUAGCUGCUUGCCUGACUUUUGUACUCUCCUUGCCACAUGAUAUUAUUAUGCUGGAUAUUAAAGCAUACAUUCCAGCUUUGCAGAAUGCUUUUAAAUUAGGACUUAGCCACAUCCCAAUAGCUGAUGCGGCACUGGAUGCACUGGAAGAUUGGUCAGCCCAUAUUCCCAGAUAUGCAAUACAGCCUUACUACAAGAACAUCUUGCCUUGCCUUGAUGGUUAUUUGAAAACGUCAGUAUCAACAGAUGAGUCUCAGAAUAAUUGGGAGGUGAAGAAACUUUCUCGGGCAGUCCAGAAGGGACAUAACAAAGUAGUAAUACAGCGUCUGAAGAAAGCAAAGACUAUUGCAUCAGAGAAAGAUCUUUCAUUCGAAGAAGUACGAGCUAGAGUUGUACGCCUUCUUGGAUCUCUAGGAGGACAAAUAAAUCGGAAUUUGGUUACAGCUUGUUCUGCUGAGGAAAAGAUGAAAAAAUAUGUAUCUUGGGACACGGAGAGACGCCUGAGUUUUGCAGUUCCGUUUGCUGAUAUGAAACCUGUUAUCUACUUGGACUUAUUCUUGCCUCGUGUCACUGAACUGGCUCUUUCUGCUAGUGAUAGGCAGACUAAGGUUGCAGCUUGUGAGCUCUUGCAUAGUAUAGUUAUAUAUAUGUUGGGGAAAGCUUCUCAAAUGCCUGAAGGACAACAGAUUUCUCCACCGAUGUCACGCUUAUAUAAACAUAUAUUUCCUGUACUUCUUCGACUAGCCUGCGAUAUUGAUCAGGUUACAAGACAACUCUAUGGGACUCUAGUUAUGGAGUUAAUUCACUGGUUCACAAACAACAAGAAAUUUGAAAGUCAGGAUACAGUGACAUUGCUAGAAGCAAUUUUGAAUGGGAUAGUGGACCCUGUAGACAGUACUUUGAGGGACUUCUGUGGUCAGUGUAUCCAUGAAUUUUUGAAGUGGUCUAUUAAACAGACUACACCCCAGCAGCAGGAGAAAAGUCCAGUGAAUACCAAAUCUCUCUUCAAGAGACUAUACAGCCUUGCUCUCCAUCCCAAUGCUUUCAAGCGGUUAGGAGCUGCGCUUGGCUUUAAUAAUAUCUACAGAGAAUUUAGGGAAGAGAGCACUCUUGUGGACCAGUUUGUCUUUGAAGCACUGGUUGUAUAUUUGGAGAGUCUGGCUUUGACUCAUGGAGAUGAGAAAUCUUUAGGCACAACACAACAAUGUUGCGAAGUUAUUGACCACCUGAAGCGUAUAAUUAAGCGUAAAGCAUCUACUCUCAACAAAGAAAGUAACAGGAGGAUACCUCGAGGAUUUCCAUCUACAUCAAUAUCUUUAGUGGAUGUAGUCAUGUGGCUUUUAACACAGUGUGGACGACCCCAAACUGAGUGCCGGCAUAAAGUCAUGGAGCUUUUCUUUGAAUUUGUUCCCUUGUUGCCAGGAAACAACUCUCCAUCUUUUUGGUUGGGUGGCAUUCUUCAGAAACAUGGCAUCUCUUUUCUCAUAAAGAAAUUUGAAGGAGGUGGCUAUGAAGGUGACAAUAUGUCUGGAAUCUUGUCUCAUCCAACUCUUUAUGAUCUGCAAGAGACCUUUAGUUUGCGAGCUGUUGUGCAGUGGAUGGAUAUGCUUCUUGCUGCUUUGGAUUGUUAUAAUACUUUUAUUGAGCAGGGAAUAAUCACAACACAUGAAAUAUUAGCUGCAGAUGUAGAGUCUUCAUUUUUGACAUCACUGGAGUUCUUCCUUGGAAAAAUUGCAUUGCAUGAUGUGUCUGGUGCAGAACAGUGUUUUAGCACUGGGUCCAAAGGCAAUAUUUUUAGUCCACAAGAAAGAGAAGAAUACAAUUACAGCAAAUGUACUAUUGUAGUUCGAAUUAUGGCUUUUGUCACCAUGAUUUUGGAUAUGCACCAACAGGAUUACUGGAAGCUGCUCGAGAAACCGUUGUUUAAUGAAAACUUGAUAGAACUUGUUGUGAGAACUGUGUGUGACCCAAAAAACAUAGGCUUUAACAUAGCUGAUGUACAAGUUAUGGAAAAUCUCCCAAAUGUUUGUGUGAGGAUUAUAAAAGCUUUGAUGAAAUCUCCAUAUAAAGAAGCUUUAGAAAUCAGCAUAAAGAAAAUCAUAACAUCGAAAAGCAUUGAGGAGCUUUGCAACGUUGAACUCUAUAAUCCAGAUGCCAGGCUGGAUCAUGUUAGGCUUGAUUCCAUUCUGUCUGCAUGCAAGCAGCUUCACAAGGCUGGUUUGAUUCACUGCACAUUGCAGUCUCAGGGUGCAGAUCUACAUUGUGAUAUUGGCUCUAAACUCAUGUUAGUUGUAUACAAAGGUAUUGCACCAGGUGAUGAACGAAAGUCCCUUCCCUCAUUGGACAUCAGCAGUAAACGAUUAGCUGAGGGACUGUUGCAGUUAGCCUUUGCUUUUGGUGUGCAGUGUACAGAGCUUGUGAGUCUCUUAUUGAACACACUGAUGUUAUCGGUGCCAUUAUCUGGAGCAUUCCAAAAAAACCUUAUCAGUUUUUCUCAUGGAGAAUAUUUCUACAGCUUGUUUUUGGAGACAAUUAACAGAGAGUUGCUGAAAAACCUGGAUGUAGCAGUACUUCAGCUUAUGAAAUCAGCUGUAGACAAUCCCAGAAUGGUUGGUACUGUUUUGAAUGGUAUGUUGGAUCAAAGCUUUAGAGAGCGUGCUGUUCGCAAGCAACAAGGUGCAAAACUAGUGACUGCUAUAUUAAAGAAUUGGGAACAGCUUGACCACUGGUGGACCAAUGAAGCUGCUCCUGAGAGCAAAAUGGCUGUUUUAACCCUACUUGCUAAAGUUCUGCAGAUUGACUCUUCAGUAUCAUUUAAUACACAUCAUGAGGCGUUUUCUGCUGUAUUCCAUACCUACACAAGUCUUCUUACUGACCAAAAGUUGGGCCUAAAUCUCAAGAGUCAAGCAGUUAUCAUUCUUCCAUUCUUCACUAAUCUUGCUGGAGAAAGGCUUGCUGACCUUAAAAAUGCACUUGAUCAACUUGUAGCAUUCAGUUUUCCUUUGAAAUCUGAUGAGUUUCCCAAAGGAACCUUAAGAUACAAUAACUAUGUGGACUGCACAAAAAAAUUUCUAGAUGCACUUGAACUAUCCCAGAGCCCUAUACUAUUGCAGUUGAUGACAGAAAUUCUUUCCAGGGAUCACAGACACAUAAUGGAAGAAUUAUUUGAAAUCAGCUUCAAAAGAAUUGCCAGAAGGGGGAGCUGUGAUAAGCAAGUGGUGCUGCUGGACUCAGUGCACAAAAUGUUCCAGAGUGAAAUACUUCUCUCAAAUGCAACUCGUCAAGCGUAUAUAGAUCGUUCUCUUCUCAUAUUAUUGCUUCACUGCAGCUCAGAUGCAUUAAAAGAAUUUUUAAGUAAAAUAAUUAUGGAGGCUAUGGAUACACUAAAGUCUAGGUUUACAAAGUCCAAUGAAUCUGCUUUUGAAACACAACUCACCAAGAAAAUGAGCUACUUCAAGAUUUUGGAAGUGAUGUAUUCACGUCUUUCCAAGGAUGAUGUAUAUUCUAAAGACUCUAGAAUUAACCAGGCUUUUCAGGGGUCUACUUGUGUAGAAGGAAAUGAGCUUACAAAGACACUAAUAAAGUCCUGCUAUGAUGCCUUUACAGAAAACAUGUCAGGAGAAACUCAACUGCUAGAAAAGAGGAGACAGUAUCAUUGUGCUGCAUAUAAUUGUGCCAUUGCUGUUAUCACCUGUGUGUUCAAUGAAAGUAAAUUCUACCAGGGCUUUCUUUUCACAGAAAAACCAGAAAAGAAUCUAUUUAUUUUUGAAAACUUGUUGGAUUUGCAACACCAUUACUCAUUUCCCAUUGAAAUUGAGGUUCCUCUGGAAAGAAAGAAACGGUACAUUGCUAUUAGGACAGAAGCUAGGGAAGCAAUGAGUGGUGAUUCAGCUGAACCACAUUAUUUAGCUUCUGCAUCAUAUAUGGUAGAUAGCAGUCUGAGUGAGGAAAUGAGCCAAUUUGAUUUCUCAACUGGAGUGCAAAGCUUUUCAUAUCAGUCACAAGAUUCUAGUGCCUCUGGGUCUCGCUUCAGGAGAAAGGAGCCCAUGGAAUCUGUGGUUUCAGAUGAUGUUGUGGAAUUGGAAAUGGAUGAACUCAAUCAGCAUGAAUGUAUGGCCUCAAUGACCACCUUGGUUAAACACAUGCACAGAAAUAACAUCACACCUGUAGUAGAAAAAGGUGCAGAUACACCAGAUCUUCCUAUGUGGAUGAAGUUUCUACACAAAAAACUGGAAAAUCCAUCUGUACCAUUAAAUAUUCGUCUCUUUGUGGCAAAACUAAUUGUGAAUACAGAAGAAGUUUUCCAGCCUUAUGCAAAGCACUGGCUUGGCCCCUUACUGCAGCUGGUUGUUUCUGGAGAUAAUGGCGGAGAAGGAAUUCAUUACAUGGUGGUAGAGAUAGUAGUCACCCUGCUUUCCUGGACUAGUGUUGCUACUCCCAAAGGAAAUAUAAAAAACGAAGUGCUAGCAAACAGGUUGCUUGAGUUCCUGAUGAAGAAUGCAUUUCAUCAAAAAAGAGCAGUAUUUAGACAUAAUCUAGAGAUUAUCAAGACAGUAGUAGAGUGCUGGAAAGACUGUCUCCUUGUACCAUACAAGAUAAUAUUUGAACGGUUUUCUGGUGGUGAUCCAAAUACCAAAGACAACUCAGUGGGAAUUCAGUUGUUAGGAAUUGUUCUUGCUAACAGUUUGCCUCCCUAUGAUUCUAAGUGUGGAAUAGAUAGUGUGAGAUACUUCCAAGCUUUGACUGACAACAUGGCCUUAGUAAGAUACAAGGAAGUAUAUGCAGCCGCUGCUGAAGUGUUGGGACUCACUCUUCAGUAUAUUGCUGAAAAGGAAAAUGUAUUUGAAGGUCCAAUUUAUGACUUUGUCACAAAGCAACUAAAGCAACACCAAAAUACCAGAGAUGACAAAUUUAUUGUGUGCUUGAAUAAACUAGCAAAGAACUUUCCACCUCUUGCUGAUAGGUUUAUGAAUACAGUCUUUUUCCUGAUACCAAAACUUCAUGGGGUGAUGAAAACUUACUGCCUGGAAGUAGUGUUGUGCCGUGCCCAUGAAAUAGCUGAUUUGUACUUGCAGUUGAAGAGUAAGGAGUUCACACAGAUCAUGAGUCACCGAGAUGAUGAAAGGCAAACAGUAUGCCUGGAUAUAGUUUACAAGAUGCUACCUAAGCUGAAACCAACAGAAGUGAGAGAGCUUCUUCCUGCAGUAAAAGACUUCAUCACACACCCUUCACCAUUAUGUCGAGGGCGAAUGUAUGAUAUUCUCAUGUGGCUAUAUGAUAAUUACAGGGAUUCUGAAAGCCAGGUAGAUGACAUGUCUUCUGACGUGUUUCAGAUGGCAAAAGAAAUUUUGCUUCAAGGAUUGAUUGAUGAGAAUUCUGGACUACAAUUAAUUGUUAGAAAUUUUUGGAGUGAUGACACUAGAUUACCAACAAAUACCCUUGACCGUAUGUUGACUUUGUUAAAUUCCUUAUAUUCUGUCAAAAUUGAAACUCAGUAUUUGAGUUUAACUACAAAUUUUCUUCUUGAGAUGACCAGUAGGAGCCCAGAUUAUUCCAGAAAAAUGUUUGAAUAUCCACUUUCGGAAUGCAAAUUUCAGGAUUUUGAUAUUGACUCAAAUUGGAGAUAUCGAAGUACUAUUCUUACACCUAUGUUUGCGGAGACCCAAGCCUCUCAGAACUCCAACAGGUAUCGCUCACAGGAAGGAUCCAUGGGGGGCCAAGUAAGGGCUACACAACAACAAUAUGAAUUUACCCCCACCCAGAACAUCAAAUUUUUACUAAGUUUAAACGAAAUAAAAACUCAGAUGAAGAUGAAGCAAGAUGCUCAGGUCACUCUCUACAGGAAAUACAGACAAGGUGACCUCCCUGACAUCCAGAUUGAAUACAGCAGUCUAAUCACUCCUCUGCAGGGUGUGGCACAGAGAGACCCUAGACUUGCCAAACAGCUCUUCAGCAGUUUGUUUAAUGGAAUUCUGGAAGAAAUGAAAAACUCCAAGUCUCAGUUUGAGAAGAACAGUGUCAUCCAGCAAUUGGUGCAAGAUUUCAACCAUUUUCUGACUGCAACUGUGUUGUAUUUUCCACCAUUCAUAGCCUGUAUCCAGGAAAUGAGCUACCAACACAAAGAGCUUCUCAACCUUAAUGCUUCUACUGUAAGUACUAGUUGCUUAGCAAGUUUGCAGCAACCGGUUGGUAUCUUGCUACUUGAACAAGCUUUAGUUUACCUUUCCCCUGAGGAGGAGGAACCACCCUCCAAACGGAUGCGUGGGACGAGAGAAGUUUCACCUGAUGUGACCAGAUGGAUUGAACUUGCCAAACUUUAUCGAUCCAUUGGAGACUAUGAUGUGUUGCAAGGUAUUUUUAGUGGAAAGAUUGGAACUAAGGAAAUUACACAGAAGGCUUUAAUAGCUGAGGCAAGAAGUGAUUAUGCUGAAUCUGCUAAACAUUAUGAUAAGGCACUUUCUGUACAAGACUGGCCUAAUGAAGAACCAACAGAAGCUGAAAAAGAUUUUUGGGAACUUGCAUCUCUGGAAUGUUACAACUGUCUAACUGAAUGGAAGUCUUUGGAAUACUGUUCAACUAUUAACAUUGAUAAUGAACAGCCUCCAGACUUGAAUAAAACAUGGAGUGAUCCAUUUUACCAGGAAGCCUAUCUACCAUACGUAAUUCGUAGCAAAUUGAAACUUCUCCUUCAGGGCGAGAAUGACCAGUCUUUACUGACAUUUAUUGAUGAGGCUAUGAAGACAGAACAGAGGAAAGCUCUAAUAGAAAUGUACUACAGUCAAGAGUUGAGUCUUCUCUACAUUUUGCAGGAUGAUUUUGACAGAGCCAAAUACUAUGUCAGCAAUGCUAUGCAGGUGUUCAUGCAGAGCUAUUCCAGUAUCGAUUCACUGUUGCACCAGAGUCGACUUACCAAGCUUCAAUCAGUACAAGCUUUAACAGAAAUACUGGACUUUAUUAACUUUAUAAGCAAGCCAAGUAAUAUGAGUUCUCAAGCGUCCCUUAAACGACUUCUCAGUAUUUGGACAAGUAGGUAUCCAGACAAAAUGGAUCCAAUGAACAUUUGGGAUGACAUAAUCACAAAUCGGUGUUUCUUUCUUGACAAAAUUCAGGAGAGGCUUCCUAACACACACCUUGAAGACAGUAUGGAAGUGGAUGGUGCAGGAGAUAGAAAUUUGAAAAUGGACAUAGACAGUGAGAAGGAGGAUGCAUACUCCAUGAUAAGGAACUGCAAGUUUACCAUGAAAAUGAAGAUGAUUGAGAGUGCAAGGAAACAGAACAGCUUUUCUGUAGCCAUGAAACUUCUGAAGGACCUGCACAGGGAUUCCAAGACUAGAGAAGACUGGCUAGUGAGAUGGAACCAUAGCUAUUGCCGAUAUAGCCAUAGUCGUAGCCAGAGCCAAAGCUGUCCUGAACAAAUACUUACAGUACUCAAAACAAUUUCCUUACUAGAUGAGACUAAGUCUGGCAGCUUGAGUGCACACAUCUUCCGCCGCCAAAACCUCCUACUUGGUACUACUUUCUACAUUAUGGCCAGUGCACUUCGCAAGGAUUCAAACUGUCUUCACCAAAUUGAAGAAGAAAAGGCUAAAAAGGUCUUGGUGCUUUCAGGAGAAAGACCUGAUAACAUUGAAAAGGUUAUUGAGGGCUUGAACAAAAGAGCUUUUCAGUAUUUCAAAGUGGCUGCGAAGAAAGCUGAAGAAGAGAUGCAAUCCAUUUCAGUUGAUCACAUGGAUACAAAUGGCAUCAUAGAUGCUUAUAUGACAUUAGCUAAUUUCUGUGACAGACAUCUUCGUAAAGAAGAAGAAAGCUCAGCAGAUAUAGAUGCCGCAGAUUUUCAGGCAUUCCCAAUCAUUGUAGUAGAAAAAGUUAUAAAAGCUUUAAAACUCCAUUCAGAAGAAGCCAGGCUAAAAUUUCCCAGGCUAUUACAAAUUGUAGAGAAGUAUCCAAGAGAGACCUUGGGCCUCAUGGUACAAGAGAUUUCUUCAGUUCCCUGUUGGCAGUUUAUUGGUUGGAUCAAUCAGUUGAUGUCAGUUCUUGACAAGGAGGAAGCACGUGCUGUGCAGUCUACAGUGGAAGAAAUUGCCAACACUUACCCACAGGCAAUAGUGUAUCCCUUCAUGAUCAGCAGUGAAAGCUUUUCUUUCCCUGAAACUAUCAUAGGCCAUAAAAAUAAGGAGUUUGUAGAAAGGAUAAAAAGCAAAUUAGAUCAAGAAGGAGUGGUACAAGAUUUUGUACAUGCCUUGGAACAGCUUUCCAGUCCUGUGAUGCUUUUUAAGGAUUGGACUGAGGAUAUCAGAAAUGAGAUGGGGAGAACUAAGAGAGAUAAAAAUACUAUUCAGCAGUUGUAUGAUAGAAUGUACCAGAACCUGGGAAAUCUACAUGCACCAGGUCUUGGAUUGUUCAGAAAGCAAUUUAUUCAGAAAUUUGGGACGGAAUUGGACAGUCAUUUUGGAAAAGGAGGUUCCAAGCUUCUAGAUAUGAAAAGCAGUGCCUUCAACACAGUUGCAGAGUCCCUCCUUUCAAAAAUGAGAGAAUGUCAAAGAGAACCUGGGAAUCUGAAAGAGUGCUCACCUUGGAUGAGCAAUUUUAAACCAGAAUUCUUAAGGACAGAGCUGGAAAUUCCUGGUCAGUAUGAUGGUAAGGGAAAGCCAUUGCCAGAAUACCAUGCAAAAAUUUCUGGAUUUGAUGAGCGGAUCAAAGUAAUGGCAUCCAUCCGGAAACCAACACGUAUAAUUAUCAGAGGCAGUGAUGAGCAGGAAUAUCCCUUUCUUGUGAAAGGAGGAGAAGAUCUCCGGCAAGACCAGCGCAUUGAACAGCUCUUUGAUGUUAUGAAUACUAUCCUUUCACGGAAUGCUGCCUGCAGCCAGAGAAAUAUGCAGUUGAAAACUUACCAAGUUAUACCAAUGACCACCAGAAUAGGACUGAUUGAGUGGCUUGAGAAUACUUGUACUUUAAAGGAGUUCCUUAUGAACAGCAUGUCUGAACAGGAAAAACAUGAUUAUAACAGCCCUAAAGGUCCUCGUACUGAUUAUAAUGACUGGCUGACUAAGAUGGGGAAUACAACUACAAUUGCACGCUAUAUAACAAUGUACAAAAGAGCUAGUCGUACAGAAACAGUAAUGUCUUUCCAGUCCCGAGAAAACCAUGUUCCUAAAGACUUGCUAAGGAGAGCCUUUGUUAAGAUGAGUACAACUCCAGAGGCUUUGCUUUCUCUGCGAUCCCAUUUUGCUAGCUCUCAUGCAUUGAUGUGCAUCAGCCACUGGAUUCUUGGCAUUGGAGAUAGACACUUAUCCAAUUUUAUGAUCAACAUGGAAACAGGUGGCAUGGUGGGAAUAGACUUUGGACAUGCGUUUGGUUCAGCAACACAGUUCCUGCUAGUACCAGAGUUGAUGCCUUUCCGUUUGACUCGCCAGUUCAUUAAUUUAAUGUUGCCCAUGAAAGAAUCUGGCCUUAUUUACAAUGUGAUGAUGCAUUCCUUAAGAGCCUAUCGAGCAGAUCAAGAUGUCCUUAUUAAUACUAUGGAUGUAUUUGUGAAGGAACCUUCCUUGGAUUGGAAAAAUUUUGAACUAAAACAGUUGAAAAAAGGGGGCACAUGGACUAAGGAAAUAAACGUGAAUGAGGUGAACUGGUAUCCUCUACAAAAAAUCAAUUUUGCCAGAAGGAAGUUAGCAGGUGCCAACCCUGCUGUGAUCACUAGUGAUGAAUUACGACUGGGGCAUGAGAAAUCAGUUGCCUGCAGGGAUUAUAUAUCUGUAGCAAAGGGAAGCAAAGAGUACAAUAUUAGAGCCAGAGAACCAGAAGAUGGCCUUUCAGAAGAAACACAAGUGAAGUGCCUUAUAGACCAAGCCACAGACCCAAACAUCCUUGGCAGAGUUUGGGAAGGAUGGGAGCCCUGGAUAUAAUAGAUUUUUUUUAAAAAAAAUCAAAAUGAAAUUCAUUAUCAGUGCCUGUAUGACUAAAUUGCCUGCCAUUGAAAGAUGAAGUGGAGGUGAAGACAAUACAGGUGGAUUGUUGUUCACAGAAGAAUUCUUAUUUAUUCACAUUUUUCAAGUUGCAGUGCAGCAGCAGAAUUUAGUCACAGUCUGACCAUUCUUUAAUUAGAUCUCAGAGCUAUCUAUCUUAUAAGAUAUUGUUAAAGACACAUGAGCCUAGAUGUUUAGAUCUCAGUAAUUAUGUCGUUAUUUUCUGACAUCAAUGAAGGAAAGGGGGAGAAAAAGCAAAUCUGCUUCCAAAAGGCUUAGCAGAAAAAAACAGCAAAAAUUAAUCACAAAUAAUUCUAAUGUAUUAAAAAUGCUCCCCAUUCUUGCUUUGCAGAGAUUGUUUUAUCACCUAUGAUGCUGGGAGCCGGGGCAGACAUUACUGCUUACGCAAAAUAUCAAAUUAGGGUUGAAAUUGCCUUUCUUUUCCUCUCCUUUCCAUCACAGGGGAAAAAAUAGAUCUAAGUUUUAACUGCUUUUACAGGAAAGGAACCACAAUCAUCCUUGCGUAUAUUCUUCCAACAUGACUUAACUUGUUAAAUGAAAUAGUUAGUAGUCUGAUACUUGCUAAUUACAGUCCUAUCUGUAUGAAUUAUAAUCAUAUCUGUCAUUGACUACUUUGUAAAUUAUGCAUGCGCGCACACACACAUACAUGUUACAGUUGUAAAUAAAUCCUAAAUUUUGAGAAUACUUGGGCAUAAUGAUGAAUUAUCAAAAAACGUGAUGUGUCACAAAGACAUCUAUGUUCUGACUAGGUUUGUACCUUUAAAAGAAGUGAAGCUGGAAGAAUAUGACAAAAUGUUCUGUCAGUAAGAUACUUUGGUGUUAGAUGUUCUGUUACUCCAGACUCAAAUAGGUAACAGACAGAUAAACUGCACCAUUGUCACAUCAGGGAAUAUUUGAUAGUCACAAAUGUCUAUAAAAUCUAGAUAAAUUUAUUUUAGAAAAAUUAAUUCUGUUGAUUUUCACAUGACUGCUGGACAUUUUGAAACACUGUCAAAAUCAGUGGAAUUUUAUUUAUUUCUGUCUUUACUGGGGUUUUGUUUCAAAUGUGUUAGACUGCUUUUCCUUUUGUGGCCUUUGCUGUUUGGCCUCUGUGUGUGAGAGAGAGAGAGAGAGGAAAAGAAAGAAAGCCAUAAAACAAAUAUUUUCAGAUUUGUGCAAUGUUUCUAGCAAGUACAUUUUACUUUAUUUGAUCACAUACUUUAAAGAUGCAUUAAGGAUGUAUUAAUACAGAAAUGUUUUUGAAUAAAUUUGUCCUAAGCCGUUGUUUUUUUAAAAAUAAUAGUUUGCUUCUACUUGUUGAAGAAAAUAUACAAAAUAGAACUGCUCAGUUCCUUGUCCCCUUUUAUAUUAUUAUCAAUAAAGACCUUGUAACUGGA